AUGGUCAAGGUCGCCGGGCAGCUGUGUGCUGUUUAUUGCGAGCUGCUUGGAAGGGAAGAAAAGCCGUUAGAGGAAAAGACAAGGGAGAAAAAAAAUGGUAAUCCGAGCAGCCAUCAAAGAGGACCCAGUCCAACUCGCGCAGCUCCUCCGCCUGCCGAAUCCAGCAGCCAACAAACUGCACCACCCGCCAGCUCAAGAUCCGGCGCCCUGGAUCCCGGAGGUGGCGCCGCCUCCGCCGCCGCCAUGGCCACCACCACCUCCUCCUCCCACCACCACCGCGCGCGCCUCCGCUCCCGCGCCGCGCCCCUGUUCGCGGUCGUCGUCCUCGCGGUCCUCGCCGUCACCGCGCUCCUCCGCGCCAGCCACCGCUACGGCGACCUAGCCCCGCCCGCCUUCGCCGCCGCCGCCCGCAGGGCCGCCCGCAACCAGACCAUCGCGCAGCGCAAGAUCCUGCUCGACCCGUCCUUCACCCCGCGCCUGCCGCGCCAGAGCGCGCUCUCCCUCUCCCUCGCCCACCGCAACGCGCUGCCGCCCCGCAACGCCGACCGCUUCCCCAGCCUCCCCGACGGGCACCUCAAGAUCGUCCUCUACGUCCACAACCGCCCGCGCUACCUCCGCCUCGUCGUCGACAGCCUCUCCCGCGUCGACGGCAUCGGCGAGGCGCUGCUCAUCGUCAGCCACGACGGCUACUUCCCCGAGAUGGACGAGAUCGUCAAGGCCAUCGCUUUCUGCCAGGUCAAGCAGAUCUUCGCGCCCUACUCGCCGCACCUCUUCCCAGACUCCUUCCCCGGCGUCACGCCCGGGGAUUGCCGGGACAAGGAGAAGGCUGCCGAGAAGCGGUGCCAGGGCAACCCGGACCAGUACGGCAACCACCGCGCUCCCAGGAUCGUGUCGCUGAAGCACCACUGGUGGUGGAUGAUGAACACCGUGUGGGAUGGGCUGGAGGAGACCACGGACUUCGAUGAGCACAUCCUCUUCAUAGAGGAAGACCACUACAUCUUCCCCAACGCGUACCGGAAUGCGCAGCUACUCGUGGAUUUGAAGCCGAAGAAGUGCCCCCAGUGCUACGCUGUCAAUUUGGCGCCGUCCGAUGUCAAGGCGAAAGGGGAAGGUUGGGAGAGCAUGAUUGCUGAGAAGAUGGGUAACAUUGGCUAUGCCUUCAACAGGACUGUGUGGAGGAAGAUCCAUGCCAAGGCUAAGCAGUUCUGCACCUUUGAUGAGUACAAUUGGGAUAUUACGAUGUGGGCAACCGUGUAUCCGUCGUUUGGAGCUCCCGUUUACAGUCUGAGGGGACCUAGGAGGAGUGCUGCACAUUUUGGCAAGUGCGGCCUGCACCAAGGCCAUGACCCAGGCAAUGUCUGUGCUGAUAAUGGCGUGGGAGCUGUAGAACUAGACGCCAUCGAUAAGGUUCCUAACAUCAAAGCUGAUUGGCCGGUUCACGUCAUCAGGAAACAACAGGGGUAUCAGGCUGGUUUCAAAGGAUGGGGUGGCUGGGGCGAUCGCCGUGAUCAGGAGCUCUGCUUGAGUUUUGCGUACAUGUACCAUGUUAAAGACCCAUUAUCAGCAUGAUUAUGGGGGUAUAGGCACAGGAAGUUUGGCAUCCAUAAUGCCCUUGUUGUAGUGUUAUUUGGCACGUGAGGAUUGAUUCAUACACGGUUUGUGAUAUAAAAUAGUCUUUCCCCAUUCUUUUUUUCUCAAUUUUGUAGAAUAGAUUCAGAAACAUUGCCUUAGCCCCUAGACUUGGGUCACCAUUCCCAAAGUGUAUGAUUUACUUUUAACUCACUGAUAUGGAUGGAGUUUACUGUUUUGAGAUCA